AUGACCCCAGCCGCUUCCCUGGACUUGUUUGUCCUCUCCUUCAACUGUGCGAAGAACAUCAUCGAUGUCGAUGUCUUCGCGCGACACCUGCGUGGUGCGCUCCAACAGCAUGGCCAAAGGAGGGAUGGCCCUCAUGUCUCCGGGUUGAAGGGCAUUGUCGAGCUGCCGGACCUGGUCGUCUUCUCCCUACAAGAGAUUUCGCCCCUGGCCCAAAGCUUCGUCGGCGGCUACUUGUUGAACCCCUAUCUCAUGCCCUUCAAGGAGGCACUCAACCUCGCCGCGAUCGAGGUUGAGGAGCAACAAGAACAACAAGAACAGGUGACGGGCGGCGUCACGAGACGAUCAAGGCCGCAGCAGAACCUACAGCGCUCAACAUCUACGCUUUCGACGUUGUGGCGCCGGCAGCAAGACUAUCCGUACAAGCUUGUGGAGUCGCGAAAUGUCGGUAUGACCGCAAUAAUGCUGUUCGCCCGCAAGCCCGACUCCAUUCACCACAUUCAGUAUGCCGAAUGCGCAUUUGGUAUUGCCGACAUGGGCAACAAGGGUGCCGUUGCGCUGAGGGUCACCUAUUCUGGUGCUGGUUCUACAGGCGAGGAGCAAGACGAGGCUGCUACUGAAUCUGCAGCGGCAGAGCAGAGGACCACCGAGUUCACGUUCGUUGCUACACAUCUUGCGGCGAUGGAGUAUAACCUGAGACGACGGAACGCCAACUGGGCUAGCAUUGUGUCCUCGUGCACGUUUGUGAAUCCCAAAGAGAUUGUGUCUCCAGAGUAUCAUCCAACUGCUGAGCCGGGCGCUAAGAAUGUUAUCGGCGCAUCGACAAAAGACACAGGAGGCAAACAAACAGACGGAGGCCAGGACAUUCCACCUCCAACCGAAGACGAGCGCGCUCACCUCCUUAAACGCCGCCAGACGUUCAGAUCCAUGCCCAAGGACGACGCAAGACAAUUGCACGACGCAAGCAUCUUCAAGCCGGGCUCUCACUUUUUUGUUGCCGGAGACUUGAACUAUCGCAUCAGUACAGACUCGCCCCCUGCGUUGGCUCCAUUCCCAACAUUAGACAACUACCUGUCGUUCUUUGAGAAGGAUCAGCUCACGAGAGAGAGACGUGAGAACCGCACACUCCAUGGUCUCUCCGAGGCGGAGGUGAAGUUCCCACCGACCUACAAGAUCAAGCACCUGAGCCGAGAGAAGGCAACCGACGCCGUCAACAAGGACGAGAUCCAGGCUGGAGGGGAUGACGUGGUGCCAUGGAAGUGGGCAUCCCACCGCUGGCCUGGAUGGUGCGACCGGAUCCUCUACCUCGACAUACCCUCAUGGGUAAAGCGACGAUAUGCGGGCAAAGCCGCGCCCGAGAUCGUCGUCCACAAGUACAACUCAAUGCCAACAAUGCUCAGCUCUGAUCACCAGCCUGUCUUCCUCCGCGUUUCGGUACCGCUCCUGACUCCAGAGGAGCUAUCACCUGACUCUGAGCACACGGCGGAGGAAACGGAAGACGCGGAAGCCUCGACGGAGGGCACGACAGAAGGCGCAGACCCUCGAUUGCACCUUCCAGUUCCUGUCGAUUUGGCUGCUUGGGAGCGGCGGGCGAGUGCGCGGAAGAAGGAACUCAUGACUGGGAUGACGACCCUUUUCUUCUCUACCAGGGAAGGGGCGAUCGUACUCAGUACGGUGGCCGUAGUUUCCUUAAUGACGUGGUGGCUGUAUAAGGGCAUUUUGUAG